UACCCCUAAACUUUAUGUACUAUAAAUAAUAAACCAUCAUCCCACGAAGAAACCCUAAAAAAAUCUUCACUCUCACUUGGGGUCGGCGUGUUCUCUUGCUUCAGAUUCAGCUUCGCACAGGUCUCUUAGAGAUUUAAAGAUUUCGAUAAGCCAUGGCUCUGGUUUUGCAUAGCACUCCAAACAAAAAUGCUUUCAAGGCUCUUGUUACAGCAGAAUACAGCGGUGUAAAAGUGGAGUUGGUGAAAAAUUUUGAGAUGGGUGUGUCAAACAAGACUCCUGGAUUCAUCAAGAUGAAUCCUCUUGGAAAGGUUCCUGUGCUUGAAACACCGGAUGGUCCAAUAUUUGAAAGCAAUGCCAUUGCUCGUUACGUGGCUCGGAGAAAUCCUGAUAGUUCCAUUUAUGGCUCUUCUUUGAUUGAUUAUGCUCACAUUGAGCAAUGGCUGGAUUUUUCUGCAACUGAGAUUGAUGCCAAUAUUGGUGGUUGGUUGUAUCCACGACUAGGUUUUCGUGUGUAUGUGCCUCAGAGUGAGGAAGUUGCAAUUUCUUCGCUGAAGAGAGCUCUUGGAGCUCUGAACCUCCAUCUUGCUUCCAGCACCUACUUGGUGGGACACGGUGUCACACUUGCUGACAUUGUUAUGGUUUGUAAUUUGGCUUAUGGAAUCAAGUCAAUCUUGACAAAGAGCUUCACCUCAGAGUUCCCGAAUGUUGAGAGGUACUUCUGGACUAUAAUUAAUCAGCCCAAUUUUAAGAAGAUAUGGGGUGAUGUUAUACAAGCAGAGUCUGUUCCACCUGUUGCGUCAAAGAAACCUGCACAGGUGAAGGAGCCUGCUACUAAAUCUAAACCAAAGGAAGAAAAGAAAAAAGAGGCUAAGAAAGAAGAGGCUAAGCCCAAAGAAGUAAUAGAGGAAGAAGAAGCACCUAAACCCAAGGCAAAGAAUCCUUUGGAUCUUUUACCCCCUAGCAAGAUGAUUCUUGAUGAAUGGAAGAGGCUUUACUCUAACACCAAGACCAACUUCCGUGAGGUUGCCAUCAAAGGAUUCUGGGACAUGUAUGAUCCCGAAGGAUACUCUCUUUGGUUCUGUGAGUAUAAAUACAACGAUGAGAACACAGUUUCUUUUGUCACCUUAAACAAGGUGAGUGGUUUUCUCCAGCGAAUGGACUUGGCACGCAAGUAUGCAUUUGGAAAGAUGCUGAUUAUUGGUUCCGAGCCUCCAUUUAAGGUGAAGGGCUUGUGGCUCUUUCGGGGUGCAGAGAUACCUCAGUUUGUGCUUGAUGAAUGCUAUGACAUGGAGCUGUAUGAAUGGUCAAAGGUUGAUAUCAGCGAUGAAGCUCAAAAGGAGCGUGUAAAUCAGAUGAUUGAAGAUGCUGAGCCUUUUGAGGGUGCUCCUUUGUUGGAUGCCAAGUGCUUCAAGUGAAUAGAUCGAAAUGGGUCUUUUUGUGAUCAACUUAGCUAGACCCGCUGCACUGAUUCUAUCAUUUAUAUAUUAUUAUUACUAUUAUCCUUCCUGAACAGGAUCGUCAUAUUAUUUUGUAGCAUGUUUUAAUUUUUAUAUUGAGAUUUUGCAUUGUGAACCAAAAAUGUAGAAACCUGGCCAACUGGUUUUUGACCUAUUUUUGAAUGGCAUCUUCUACAACAUAUUAUAUGCUUGGCAUUAAA